GACGUGGAGAAGCCGCCGAGGUGGGGCCAUGAGUGGCGGAGACGGUCGCCCCGCGGCAGCAGCAGGUCUCAGUUCUGUGUAAGGAAAAUUGCGGACCACAGACAUGGGAAAGAAACGCACCAAGGGCAAAACUGCACAGGCAGACGAGUCUCCGGAUACGCUGGAGCCUGUGUGCAAACACAUUCGUAAGGGACUGGAACAAACCCACCUGAAAAAGGCGCUGCUGAAUGUGGAAUGGCACAUCUGCCAGGACUGCAAGGCAGACAAUAAGCAAGAGGAACCUGAGGAGACUGAUGAAAGCCCUUCCAUAUGGUUAUGUUUAAAAUGUGGCCAUAGGGGCUGUGGCAGAAAUUCUCAAGAACAGCAUGCCUUAAAGCAUUACACAACGCCAAGAUCAGACCCCCAUUGUUUGGUUCUCAGUUUGGACAACUGGAGUGUGUGGUGCUACGUGUGUGAUAAUGAAGUUCCAUACAGUACCUCAACCCGACUGGGCCAGACUGUGGAUUAUGUUAGAAAACAAGUUUGCGUUAAUACGUCACGUACAGUUAAAAAACAAGAGGAAAGCAAACAACUUGAAAAUAAAAAAAUAAUAAAAGACAACAGAAAUGAGCAAGAAAAAGAAGUCUCGCUCAAAGAAGAGAAUUCUCACUCAAGUACCAAUUCAGAAGUGACUGUGAAAGGACUUAGUAACUUGGGGAAUACAUGUUUCUUUAAUGCAGUAAUGCAGAAUUUAUCACAAACUCCAGCCCUGAGGGAGCUGCUUAAAGAAGCUAAAAUGUCUGAUGCAACUAUUAAAAUAGAACCGCCUGAGUUCUCCAUGGAACCUCAGCUGAUACGGCUGGAUCAGCCUGGUCCUCUGACAUUAGCCAUGUAUCAGUUCCUGACAGAAAUGCAAGAGACAAAGAAAGGAAUAGUCACGCCUAAGGAACUUUUUGCUCAGGUUUGUAAAAAAGCAAUACGAUUUAAAGGCUAUCAACAGCAAGACAGUCAGGAGCUGCUUCGUUACUUACUUGAUGGAAUGAGAGCAGAAGAAAUCCAACGAGUAAGUGCUGGAAUAYUGAAGGCACUGACUGACUCUAACAAGCAAAAUGAAGAAGAACUUAAAAAGAAAAUUAAAGAAUACGAAAAGAAAAAGGGAAUACGAAGCUUCGUCGAUCGAAUCUUUGGUGGAGAAUUAACCAGUACAAUUAUGUGCGAGGAAUGCAGAACAGUGUCCUUGGUCCAUGAGUCUUUCCUUGAUUUAUCACUUCCAGUACUAGAUGAUCAGAAAUUCAAAAAUACAAAUGAAAGAAAUAUUAAGAAAAACAAAGAAAGGGAAUCUGAAGAUGAUGAUGAAAAUAAAAACAACGAUGGUUAUGUUAAACAGAGAGAUGAACUCCCUAGUACAAGUAAACACCUUCAGAAGAAAGCAAAGAAACAGGCCAAAAAGCAAGCCAAGAACCAGCGUCGUCAACAAAAGCUUCAGGGCAAGGUACUUCAUUUGACAGACAUCUGUGCUAUUGAGCAAUCGGAGGAAGAUCCAGAGUGUAACGAGGAAAUAAAGGCAGAAGUUUACUCUGAAAAACCUGACCUGAAGCAAGAAGAGGAAUUGGCAAAUGAUGGUGAAGAUCCCUGCUUAACGCAGAGAGACUUAAGUAUGCAGCAAAACAGUGCAAAUGUUCAAGUGUUGCCUGAAAAUACAGGAGAGCCAGACCAAGAACAUGUGGAAGAUGAAUCUCACACAGAUCUCCCUAUGGAAGACUCUGAAUCUCCUAUAAAGUUUGUCAAUGGCCUUGACCAUGUACCCUUGAAAGAUGAUGAUGAAGAGGAGAAUGAGGAGCUUGCUACUGACUUUUCAAAACUACAGUUGUGUGCCAAUACUGAAUCUGAUAUGAGUAUUUUAGAUGACCUUCAGACUGUUCCAACGAAGAUUCAUGAGGUGGUGACUGAAGAUCCCGAAACGGCAUUUUGUACUCUUGCAAGCAGGGAAGACCUGAACCUAGAAGAAAGUUCAAUCCAUCACUGCUUGUAUCAGUUUACCCGUAAUGAAAAACUUAGUGAGACCAAUAAACUCCUCUGUGAUGUUUGUACACAAAGACAUUGUGGACCAAAGAAGAACUUAAAAAGUGAAAAGAAGUAUAUUUAUACCAAUGCCAAAAAACAAAUGCUUAUUUCUUUUGCUCCUCCAAUUUUAACUCUUCAUUUAAAGAGAUUUCAACAGGCUGGAUUUAAUCUACGGAAAGUUAACAGGCAUAUCAAGUUUCCAGAGGUGUUAGACCUGGCUCCGUUCUGCUCAGUUAAAUGUAAAAACGUGGCCAAGGGGAGUACGAAGGUGCUGUAUUCUCUGUAUGGAGUUGUGGAACACAGCGGCACCAUGAGAUCCGGGCACUACACUGCCUAUGCCAAAAUGAGAAAUAUCAACAGUCACCUUUCUGAGCUUGUCCUCCGAGGAGAAUCGACUCAAGCUUUAGGAGCUGAACCAAUAAAAGGGCAGUGGUUCCAUAUUAGUGAUACCCACGUGCAAGCCGUGCCUGCGGCCAAGGUGCUGAGCGCACAGGCCUAUCUCCUGUUCUACGAGCGGCUGCUCUAGCGGCGCGGAGCAGCCCUCCUGCCUCUGCAACCAUGUUGAAGCUCCCUCAGGGAAGGGAUGGACUUGCAAAUCAUGUUGUUACACCACGGAGCUGCCGGGUACAACCGCAGGAAUAUGCUUUAUGCUUCUUAGAUACUGACAAAUGAAAUGACUAACUUAUACUUUUUUCCCAGCAUUUUCACUACUCUUAAAUAAAAGUCUU